CAGAACAUGUGCAUAAGUUGCAUUGUCGACAAGCACUAAGAGUGGCAGUUCCGCGUCGGCAGAAUGUGCAGACGCGCCUUCGCUUCGCCGUACCACGUGGCGUUGGGCGACGGGCGUGUUGGUGAGACGUGGAGAGCUCCCCCAAGCUACACGCCUAUAUUCGCAGCCGUUGCGUCACUUGUGUUAGCUGACAAUAGGACUCUUUAUGACGACUUAGCCUCAGCCAAACCCUUGCAUCACCCAAUUUCUUCUACUGGCUCGCGCUGUCGCUACGCACCUUGCAAAGCUGUUGUUAGUGUAGGCAUAAUGUUUGCAUCGCGGCUUCGCAGCUCAGCGCGGACCCACUGUCGUUCGGGGCGCCAGGCUGCACCGGUGCACGUUCGGCCCUGCCCCCGCAAACUUGUAGUCCUCAACGUAGCCACCCUCCAGCGCUCAGACAACACACUCAACAACAUCAUGGCUGCUCAAAACCUUGCACCAGCCCUCAGCACGGGCGAGGACUUCCGCAUAACUACAAACAUUGAGGCGACGCAAAUUCCGGCCGCGCUUCGGAAGGACUGCGUGCUAUUUUACACGCCAGACACCGAGGAGCUUGCACAGAAGGUCGCCCAACAAGCGGGAGGAGCGAUUACGCUCGGCCGCAUCAAGUGGAAGAAGUUUGCCGAUGGCUUUCCUGACCUCUUUGUGGAGAACGCCACCAGCAUUCGGAACAGGCACGUCGCCUUCCUCGCAUCCUUCACGAAUCCCACCGUCAUUUUUGAGCAAAUUUCGGUCAUUUACGCGCUACCUCGCCUCUUCGUGAGCUCCUUCACGCUGGUGCUGCCAUUCUUCCCCACCGGGACGAUGGAGCGCGUGGAGACCGAGGGCGACAUCGCGACGGCCAACACGCUCGCGCGGCUUCUCUCAAACGUGCCCCCCUCUCGCGGCGGCCCGACGAGUCUCGUAAUUUUCGACAUUCACGCCCUUCAGGAGCGCUUCUACUUCGGUGACGCGGUGCUGCCGCUGUUCGAGUCGGGCGUGCCGCUGCUGCUGGAGCGCCUCCGACAGCUGCCCGACCGCGACUCCAUCACCAUCGCCUACCCCGACGAGGGCGCCUGGAAGCGCUUCCAUUACCAGUUCAAGAGCGAGGGCUACCCCGAGGUCAUCUGCACCAAGGUGCGCGACGGCUCAAAGCGCAUCGUGCGGUUGAAGGAGGGGGAGCCCAAGGACCGGCACGUGGUGAUUGUGGACGACCUGGUGCAGUCGGGCGGCACCCUCAUCGAGUGCCACGCGCUGUUGGCGUCGCUCGGCGCCAAGCACGUGAGCGCCUUCGUGACGCACGGCGUGUUCCCCAACAUGUCGUGGGUCAAGUUCCGCGCUGACCUGGGCAACGGCGCGCAGGACGGCUUCCGCUACUUCUGGCUGUCGGACUCGUGCCCGCAGACGGUACGCGACGUGCGCAGCAAGGCGCCCUUCGAGGUGCUGUCGCUGGCCGGCCCCAUUGCCGCCGCGCUGCAGAUCUAGGCGCGCUGCGGGGGUACGGAUGCUGCAGGCGCGAGGGCCUUGCACGGCAGGCGUCUGCGGCGGCGCCCGGUAUUGAAGGCGCAAACGCCGUCGGCGCUUGUCGGUGCCGGUGCCGGCCGGUGUCGCAAUGAAGCCAUGAGGCUUGUCCGUCGGCGUCCGGGGGGGAAUGCAGCCUACCAGCGGCGCUAGGCGGCGCUUGUGGCUGUCGUGCCUGUUUACUCGUCAAGCGAAUGUGUCGUCGCCGUUCGCCGGGCUUGGAAGCCCGGCGGUGUGCGCUUUGACGCGUCGGGGUGCGGGGUCGUUGUGGCGCAGCACGUGGCAAGUACUGGACAUUAGCAGGCAUGGGUUGCGGAAUGGCAUGUGGGUGUGCAUGUAUACCACGUCCCGCUCAGUAGGACCGUAGUAGGAAUCGGGAGACCACAGAUGACACGAUAGGAAUGGCGGUGGCAUUGCAGAAAGCUAGGUUAGGAUUUUGUGCACGUGUGAAUGUUGGUUGCAGGGCGACGUAGGCCUCGCAUGGGGCGCCCGGCACCAUUCCGCCAUGCUGGAUGCAACAUGCAUAUCUUGGAUUGGGGCGUUGAAAUGCAUUGAAGACUGUAGGUAUGACGGCACAUGGACAGGCCUGUCGGCACGAAGUGUGGCGACGAUGGGUGCGCCUGCAGCCCGCACCCCAUCCACACACGAGUGCUCGGUCACCGCGUACGGACGGGCGGUCACGCAAGUGGCACCGGAGAUUAUCGGUGCUGCUGGAAUGUAGCAUUAGUAACAGGGACGAGGUUACCGUGUCGCGCGUGCGCACUAAGGAGGGCGAAGGAGGAACGGUGCGGUGUCGGCACACAGGGCUAUGGCCCGCCAGCGACUUGUACACUGCGUAGGGGAUGGCAGGUGGCACGGACGCACAACCCGGGUGCAGUAUCCACACUUUGAGUGUGCGCUGAUGUGCUGGAGGCCGUUGCACAUAACCAGUAGUGAUGACCACGGUACAUUGACUCCAGUAUUAUUUCUAGGCUAUUGACGUGAGCAGACAUCUCGCAGGCAAGGCGGCCGAAGUGACUGGCAUGAUGCGGCCCCCCCACUCACCAACACUGAACGGAGUGACGAGCGGCCCGACGGCGCUCUUUCUAAAAUGGGAUACUGUUACUGCGAGAUGAUGAUCAUGCAACCGUUCAUGGGACACAAGAGCCCCCAGAGGGUUGCGCCCACCCACGGGAUGGCGCCCUUGAGCCUGAUGUAACGCAGUCGGCAG